ACCGGCGCCAACAUGGCGGCGCCCAGCGGCGUCCACCUGCUCGUCCGCAGAGGUUCGUGAAACAGAUCCACUUUUCUCUCUGUAAUGGCAUCUUAGCUUGAAAUCCAGGAGGCGGUGGUGUAUGGUGUCCAUAUCCAUAAUUUCCUGAACUGGAGAAAAAGUGUGGAAAGCAUCUGGGGGAGAGGAGGCUCGUUACCAGCUUGUUUCCUAUAUUUGAUACCUUUGAGAUCUAACAUGACUGAGGAUUGAUGGCACGCUGCAGGGUGAAAGUGCUUCUCUGGAAAUGUACAGUGAAAAAUAUAGGUUGUCAUAGAAUUUUCUCUUUACCACCCAGUCAUAUCUACUUACACAAGCAGUCAAGCAGUCAACAAAGAAGAAAUGUCUUUUUCUGGAGACAAAGAGAUGUUUCACACAGUGUAGUUUUGCCGGCUACAGUUUCUUCCGCUCACCCAGUCCCUAAGCACAUAAAGAAGCCAGACUACGUGACGACAGGCAUUAUACCCAACUGGGGAGACUGCAUAGAAGUUAAGAAUGAAGAUCAGAUUCAAGGGCUUCGUCAGGCCUGUCAGCUGGCCCGUCAUGUCCUCCUCCUGGCUGGGAAGAGUUUAAAGGUUGACAUGACAACCGAAGAGAUAGAUGCUCUUGUGCAUCAGGAAAUCAUCAGUCAUGGUGCCUACCCCUCACCUCUAGGCUAUGGAGGCUUUCCAAAAUCUGUUUGUACCUCUGUAAACAACGUGCUCUGUCACGGUAUUCCUGACAGUUCACCCCUUCAGGAUGGAGAUAUUAUCAACAUUGAUGUCACGGUCUAUUACAAUGGCUACCACGGAGACACCUCUGAGACGUUUUUGGUGGGCAACGUGGAUGAGUGUGGUAAGAAGUUAGUGGAGGUUGCCAGGAGGUGUAGAGAUGAUGCAAUUGCAGCUUGCAGAGCAGGGGCUCCCUUCUCUGUAAUUGGAAACACAAUCAGCCGCAUAACUUCUCAGCAUGGUUUGCAAGUCUGUCCACACUUUGUGGGGCAUGGAAUAGGAUCUUAUUUUCAUGGACAUCCAGAAAUUUGGCAUCAUGAGAAUGACAAUGACCUUCUCAUGGAGGAGGGCAUGGCGUUCACUAUAGAGCCAAUCAUCACCGAGGGAUCCCCUGAAUUUAAAGUCCUGGAGGAUGCUUGGACAGUGGUCUCCUUAGACAAUCGAAGGUCCGCCCAGUUCGAGCACACAGUUCUCAUCACGUCGAGGGGUGCGCAGAUCCUGACCAAACUGCCGCACGAACCCUGAGGAGCGGCCCCAGGUCGCGGAGGCCCGGCGCCUUUUAUCUGAAUAGCGGAGGUCCAGCUAAAGAACUUUUAGAAGGAGCUGGGGAACCGGGUCGUGCAGGAACCGCUCCGGCGCCCAGUAGCGACUUGGGAAAACGCUGUGGGGCUUGGGGGCAGUUGGGGAAUCAGAUCUGAAGCCGGGAGAUGUCUGGCAGCUUCCGAAUGAUGAACCCUGGCUCCAGGCUCGGCUUCCUAGCGCGGGAAUCUCCCGCAUCUGGAGAAUGGGGACGCCCUCGUUUGGGACACCGGGGAUUCCAGAAGCACGGUUUUCUCUUGCCCUUGUCACGAGUAAAAACCUCAAAUCCA